AUGCCUGUCCCCGUUGGUGCUCAUAUGGGUGGCCCAUCCACCUUUGAUAAACUCAAGAUGGGUGCAAUGAUGGGUGGCACUGUUGGGGUAAUUAUUGGCUUCAUAUUCGGUUCUGUUAAUAUCAUGCGGUACGGUGCAGGGCCAAAUGGUGUGAUGAGGUCGCUAGGGCAGUACAUGCUUGGUUCAGGAGCCACUUUUGGGUUUUUCAUGGGCAUCGGGAGCACCAUCCGAACGGAGACGACCUCUCAGCAAGCCAUGGAAGCAUUUGCUCGGGCUCAGCGCCGUCCAAUUAUGAUGCAGAGUCAAGCAUACCGCCAAUCCAGAAAGGAGUGA